CCUUUUUUCUCUCAUCCAAAUCAAUAGUUAAUUUUUUUUUUUAAUCUAAAUUAACAUGAUUCGGUGGAUUUAGCGAAAAUCCCAAAUUACAUUGCUGAAAUCGAUCAAAUUGAUUCAGUGUAACAGAGUCCAACUAACUAAACAAAAACCUUCAAUACUAACUAAGAGUUAUGCUUUCAAUUAACUAACACCACACUUUCACAAUUCAUCGUUGCUUCCAAUGGCGGCGAAAUUCGAACCAACCACCGCCACAACAACCCGAAUCGUAAUCGAACCACACUCACAAUUCGACCUAUCAACACAUUCUCGCACCACCACCGUCCGAUCUCUCGCCAUCACCACACUUUCCAACAAUCGCACCAUUAUCUACGUCGGAACUCACUCCGGUACCCUCUUUUCCCUUUCCCCUAACCUAAACCACACUAAUUCCUCCCAAAACGGCACCGUUUUACAGAAACUCUCCUUUCUUCGAAGCGUUUCCGUAACAAACUCUUCAGUUGAUGCAAUUUUAGUUUUACCGGAUUUAGAAAAGGUUUUGAUUCUCUCAGAUGGUUCGUUGUUUUUAGUUGAUUCGGAUUUAUCGAAUCGCGCUGUUAGGUUAGGGUUUUCGAAAGGUAUUUCUGUUGUAACGAGAAGAAGAAUGAGAAAUAAUGAAUCUGAAGGUUUGGGUUUAGGUUUGGAUUCUAGUAAUUCCAGUAAUCAUAAGUUUUUGCAUAAAUUGGGAGGGUUUAUAGUGAAAGACGGUGGUGAAUCGCAUAGUGAGGGUUUUGGUGGAUGUGUUUUGGCAAUUGUUAUUGGGAAAAGAUUAGUGAUAGUUGAGCUUGUUGUUAAAGAUGUUAAUAAUGCAUCACUUGUUGUUUUGAAAGAGAUUCAAUGUGUUGAUGGUGUUGUUAGUACUAUGGUUUGGAUUGAUGAUUCGAUUGUCGUUGGUACUGCGAAUGGUUAUAGUUUGAUUUCGUGUGUUAGUGGACAGAGUAGUGUUAUUUUUUCGUUGCCAGAUGUGUCGCGGCCGCCGCGGUUGAAGUUGUUGUAUAGGGAUUGGAGGGUGUUGUUGUUGGUGGAUAAUGUGGGGAUUAUUGUUGAUGAGCAAGGGCAGCCAGUUGGGGGUAGUUUGGUGUUUCGGCAUGGAUUGGAUUCGGUUGGAGAGUUGUCGUUUUAUGUGGUUGUUGUGAGUGAUGGGAAGAUUGAGCUGUAUAAUAAGAAACAUGGGGGAUGUGUUCAGGUUUUGCCGUUUGGUGGGGAAGGGAUUGGACCUUGUGUUGUUGCUAGUGAGGAAGAUAGGGGUGGGAAGCUUGUUGCUGUUGCAACUGCUACCAAGGUUGUGUGCUAUCAGAAAUUACCGUCUGUAGAACAAAUAAAAGACCUUUUGAGGAAGAAGAACUAUAAGGAAGCUAUAUCCUUGGUAGAGGAACUUGAGUAUGAAGGUGAAAUGUCAAAAGACUUGCUCUCAUUUGUUCAUGCUCAAGUGGGGUUCCUCUUGCUUUUUGACUUGCAUUUUGAAGAAGCAGUGGACCACUUUCUGCUCUCUGAGACAAUGCAACCUUCUGAAAUAUUCCCAUUUAUAAUGCGAGAUCCAAAUCGCUGGUCGUUACUGGUUCCUAGGAAUCGGUAUUGGGGUUUGCAUCCACCCCCAGCCCCUCUUGAAGAUGUAGUCGAUGAUGGCUUGAUGACAAUCCAGAGAGCAUCUUUCCUAAGAAAAGCAGGGGUAGAAACAAUUGUAGACAAUGAUCAUUUUCUGAAUCCACCGAAUAGAGCUGAUUUGUUGGAGUCAGCAAUAAAAAAUAUUAGCAGGUAUUUGGAAGCCUGUCGAGAGAAACAAUUAAUGCAGUCAGUCAGUGAAGGGGUUGACACACUAUUAAUGUAUCUCUAUAGAGCUCUAAACCGUGUUGAGGACAUGGAGAGAUUGGCGUCUUCAACAAACUGGUGUGUUGUGGAGGAGUUGGAACACAUGUUAGAAGAGUCAGGGCAUCUACGGACCCUUGCCUUUCUAUAUGCCAGUAAAGGAAUGAGCUCAAAAGCUGUGGCUAUUUGGCGCAUCCUGGCGAGAAACUAUUCAUCUAGUCUACGGAAAGACCCUGCUUUGGAGACUAUUAUACAAGAUAGUGGGGAAAACCUUAUUUCUGGCAAGGCAAUUGCAGCAGCUGAAGCUUCAAAGAUUCUUGAGGAGUCAUCUGACCAAGAUUUGAUUCUCCAACAUCUAGGAUGGAUUGCAGAUAUCAGCCAGCUUCUUGCAGUCGAAGUUCUAACAUCGGACAAACGAGAGAUCCAGCUUUCUCCUGAUGAAGUCAUUACAUCUAUUGAUCCACAGAAGGUCGAAAUUUUACAGAGGUAUCUCCAAUGGUUGAUUGAAGACCAAGACUGCUUUGAUACUCAGUUGCAUACAUUGUAUUCCCUUUCACUUGCCAAAUCAGCAAUUGAAGCCUUUGAGUUUGAAAAUAUCUCUGAAAAUCUUGCUAGUGGAAAUACUGAGAGAACAAAUUUGGCUACUUUAAGGAACUCUAUUUUUCAGAUUCCUGUCAGGGAAAGAUUACAGAUCUUUUUGCAAUCAUCAGAUUUGUAUGAUCCAGAAGAAGUUCUCGACUUGAUUGAAGGAUCAGAAUUAUGGUUGGAAAAGGCUAUUCUAUAUAGAAGAUUGGGGCAAGAGACUUUGGUCCUCCAAAUUUUGGCUUUGAAACUAGAAGACAGUGAAGCUGCUGAGCAGUAUUGUGCCGAGAUUGGAAGAGCCGAUGCCUACAUGCAAUUGCUAGACAUGUAUUUGGAUCCACAAGAUGGAAAGGAUCCCAUGUUUACUGCUGCUGUUCGCCUUCUUCACAAUCAUGGAGAAUCAUUGGACCCAUUGCAAGUUUUAGAGAAACUCUCACCAGAUAUGCCGCUUCAACUUGCUUCGGAGACUUUACUAAGAAUGUUCAGGGCCAGAGUUCAUCAUCAUCGUCAAGGACAGAUUGUGCAUAAUUUAUCUCGUGCCGUAGACAUUGAUGCAAGGUUGUCAAGAUUAGAUGAAAGAUCAAGGAAUGUGCAGAUUAAUGAUGAGAGUCUCUGUGAUUCCUGUAAUGCACGCCUUGGAACCAAGUUAUUUGCAAUGUACCCUGACGAUACUGUUGUAUGUUACAAGUGUUACCGCCGUCAAGGUGAGUCAGUGUCUGUCUCUGGUCGCAAUUUUAAGGAAGACAUCCUAAUUAAACCAGGUUGGCUUGUGAGCCGUUGAUCUUAAAACCUGUAAUAUUGCUAUUUGAUGAAAAUCUUGCUUGACUGCAUCCUGAAUAUGACGAGUUGCCAUUCCAUAUACCAAAUCAAAAUCCUUCCAAAAUUGGUAAAAGGAAUGUUGAUGAUCACCAGCCGGUUAUAUAGUUUACACAUUUAGUGUUUUUCAACUGCUAACCUGCUACACUAAGAGCGAAGUUCAUAUAAUUAACUACCACAUGAUGGUAUUGUAAAUUAAUAUGUUGAGUUGUCCAUUGUAUUUCCCAUGCCGCCUUUUGGAAAUUUGCUCUGUAAAUUUUGAUAUUGUAAAAUGUAUAUUUUUGCAUCUAUAAAUAAUCAUCAGCUCAUCCUUA